UUUUAUCAAGUUUUUAAUCAUUUAACAUAUUUUUAAUUUUGUUAUUAAAUCUAUUGUUAUAUUUAGCGAUACUUUUAAUUAAAUGACUGAAUAAGUGGUCAAUUAUUCAACACUUUUAUUUCGCAAUUAAAUAUUUGCAAAACUUUGUCAACAAUUGUCUUAACUUUUGACCAAAAAUUGUGUUCAAAAUGAAUGACACGGAGAGUGAAUCCAAAGACACGGAAACUCCAGAAGAAUGUGUUGUGAAGGAAGGAAAGGCAGAUAUUCUUCGGCUCCCAUUUGUCUUCUACAACAAUGUCCAGGAAUUCAAUCGUGACUUCAGUGUUCUUGCGAUCAACACUUACCUGAAGAACGAGUUGUGGAAGAAUAACUUGAGGCCAAACAAAUGGAUUAAAGAUAAGAUCACAAUAUUGGACGCGCUUUCGGCCACUGGUUUGCGAUCCAUUCGGUAUGCAUUGGAAUGCAAUGAAUCGGUUCUUCCGAUUCAGAUCUUCGCGAACGACGUCUCGAAGAAAGCCAUCGAAACCAUUGACAAGAAUAUUGUGAGGAAUGGCGUCACCGAUAGAGUUGUGUCCAAUCAAUCGGACGCCGCACUAUUUAUGGUGAAGAAUCGCAAUAUGAAGGAUAGGUUUUCGAUCAUCGAUCUCGACCCAUAUGGAAGCCCUUCUCCUUUCUUGGAUUCGGCGGUACAGUCGCUGGCAGAGGGAGGAAUGCUUAUGAUUACGUGCACUGAUAUGGCUGUCCUCUGCGGUAAUCACAGUGAGGUCUGUCACGCAAAAUAUGGCUCAAUUCCACUCCGAUCUAAAUCGUGUCACGAAAUGGCUUUGCGUAUAAUUAUCCGAAGCGUUGAAUCCCACGCCAAUAGAUAUGGCAGAUAUAUUGUGCCAUUAGUUUCAUUGAGCGUCGAUUUCUACGUCAGAAUAUUCUUACAAAUCUAUACCUCUCCUCACGAAGUGAAGAGAAGCGCCAGUAAACUAUCGUAUGUCUAUCAGUGCACAGGAUGUGAAUCCAUUGAAUUACAACCACUUAUUCAAAACAAAAGGCAUACGGAAGAUAAUGCCUAUAACUUUAGCCCAACGGCACCCAAAGUUGGCCGAAAUUGCGAGCAUUGCGGACACACGUAUCAAAUGGGAGGUCCGAUUUGGUCGGCACCCAUACAUUCCUCACAAUUCAUUAGUCAAUUGCAGAAACAAUUAUCCGAUUUUAAUGAACAAUCAUUUGUGACACACAAACGAAUGCAUGGAAUGCUUCAGGUGUUGAGCGAAGAGCUGAUCGAUUGUCCGCUUUACUACAGUUUGGACCGAUUGUGUCGUGUAGUCCAGUGUUCAAUGCCGUCGAUGAAGACGUUUCGUUCGGCGCUAUUAAACGGCGGUUUUCAGGUGUCGUACUCUCACGCCAGCAAAACAUCGGUCAAAACAAACGCACCCAACGCUUACAUUUGGGACAUUAUUAGAGAAAUAGAAAAACUCAAAACAAAACAUAGUUUACCGGAAAGUAGUCCCGGAUUUCAUAUCAUAAACAAAGAGACGACAAAUAGUGUGUCACUGGAAGAGCACGAAAACGCCGAACCCAUGUCUAAAGAGAUGCAAUUAUUGCGAUAUCAGGUGAACCCCGAACCCAAUUGGGGGCCGCGGAGUCUGCCCUCAAAACUAGUGAAUAAACGGGAGUCAAAUCAAGGGAAGAGAAGUCGACCCAAAGAUAGCGAAGAGUCGCCAAAUAAUCAUAAAAAAGUUUUGACGUAA